AUGCAGGGCCUCUACCAGGCUGCUGGCUGUGCCCUGGUGACACUGGGGGGCCUCAGUAUCUUCUCUGGAAUCAUUGCUUUCUUCCCUGUCUUUUCCUGCAAGUUCUGGUACGUAGGAUGGAGCGUUUGGAUUGCCUGUCCCAUCUGGAACGGAGCUUUGGCCAUCACAGCUGGGACACUUGUACUGCUUGCUCACAGACAGUGGACCCAGAGAUACUUGUGGGAAGCUGUUUUCACCUUCGUAACUCUGAGCAUUAUGGGAUGUCCACUUCAUUUUGCAAUAGCCUUGGAAUCGGUCCUCCUUGGCCCGUACUGCUUCUACUCCUUUUCAGGGGCGGCGGGAACCAAUUACCUUGGUUACGCAGUCACCUUCCCUUUCCCGUACGCGAAGUUCCCGUCAGUCUGUGUGGACCCCCUCCGCUAUGAAGAGUAUCACCUGGCACUUCAGGCCCUGGACCUGUGCCUGAGCUCCAGCCUGUUCUGUGUGUCCUUGGCACUGUUCAUCAAGCUCUCCUCAAGACUGCUACAGGGCGGAAACAUAAAUCAGGUAUCUGGGCUGCUUUAAGCAAAUCAGCAUCAACUCCCCGAAGCCUCGACUUUCCCCCUUCGGAAAGUGGAGCCAGCCCUCUCCUCAUCCACUGAGGAAUGACAUCAUUUCUAAUAAGAGUGUGAGGGAGGCUAGCACGGUCCUGGAGAAGUGCUCAAGAAAUGUUUGCUUCCUUCCCUCACUUCUAAUCAAAUCGAAGUUCUUGGCUCUCAAUUAAAGAUUUCCGAAAGUUCCCUUUAAUCUCCUGUUAUUUUUUGAGAAGCCUGAGCCAAGCAAGCCAGACAAAACAAACAGCAAAUGACCAGAAGAAAUGUUCAGUGCCAAGAUCCCCACUUCCUCACACAGCCCCCCUGCCCACAAGGCAAUGCCCUGCCUGCUGUGUUCCCGCCAGGGUCUUUAUUGCACAUGUAUUUCUUUUUUAUAUGUUUCUGACACUCUGUUCACCACCACCACCAGUAUGGCUCUCUCUGUUGAUGCCUCUUAAAUCCUUAAGUGGUUCCAUGACGCUGUUAUUUGAGUCAUCCUUCAGUGGUUUCUGGGACAUAAAAACAGUAGAAUUAAAUGUCAGAAGCGACACUGUAUUUUCUUUGACAAACUGUACAAAUAAAUAUUUCUCUUUUCCCCCCUUCCUAGGGUGGAAAGAAUGGACAAUAAAUUUGGAGUUGUGU